UGAUUUGAUUGAUAAGAGGGAAGACGCCCAUUAGUGACACUAUAAAAAAUGUUGUAGGAAGAGAGUAGGUCCCUACACUAGUUCCUUUUAAGGCAUCUGGGUAGGUUACCUGAGAUUUGUUCGGAUGAAAGUUGAGUGAUUAAGGUAUUUGAGUGAGUAUUGAAAGUUAUGUGUUUUUUUUUAAGUAAACGUAGCAAGAUUGUUGUUUGAAGUUGAAAUGCAAAUGUCUUUAUGUAGUGUGUCAUUAAAGAUGUACCAGGGAGCACCUGAUAUUAAACGUAGGCAAAUAGACUGAAUUGCCUGUAUUGUUCUAAUGUUGAAUGGUUUGGCUGAGCCUCAAGUUGAAUACCAUAGUACCAGAUGAGUCUUAGAAGAGCCAUGUAGAUUGUUCGUUAGAUUUUGAGUGAAAGCUUCUAGCGAAGUAGAGGUCUUAGAAGGUAAAGUCUCGAAUUAAAGAUUUUAUGUUUGUUUAAUAAGUGUGAACCCCAAGUGAGGCAUUUAUCAAUCGUUAGCCCUAGGUAUUUAAUUUGAGUAGAAAAUGGAAUUUGUGCAUUAUCGAUAAACGUUGGAGGACAUUCUAAGGGAGUGUUAGAUUAAUUUGAGCGGAUUCAGUUGGGUUAAAAUUUGAUUUUUUAAUUGAGAACCAGGUGUUUAGCACAGAAAGGUGGUUUUGAAUUUUUAGAAUUGCUUGGAUCAUUGUCGAUCGCAAGAAUAUCAGUGUCAUCCGCAAAUGUACCUUUAUAUACAUAAAAGCAGUGGUAUAACUAAAAAAUAUUUUUGGGGUAUAUAUAAUAUAUAUAAUUAUUAUCUAUAAACCUUGGUAGAUAUUUUGGGACCAGGAGUCCACUCAACUACCCAAAACCAAAAAUCAGAGGUAGCUUACUGCUACCCUUGAACUCCCCAGUGCGCCACUGGAUAACACCGAAAGCAAUUAUCAACAUUCGUUCACAUGUGCUUUGGUUACCUUGGUCCCGUGAUGUGGAAUUACAAUCAGGAAUAUAUGGAUUCCAUACAAAUGCUAAAUAAUAAAUUAUUGUAAUAAAUAUGAUACUUGUUGGCAUUAGUUGUCACUACUCAGAUAUCUUUUCCGUACUUCUAAUCAUUUUUCGUAAUAAUGCUUAUCACCAUUGUUGUUAUCGAAAUUAGCGGUGAACAUUUACUGUUGAAUUUUAUUUUGAAUAUGUUAUAGGCAAUAUCUAUAAUAUUCUCAAUUGUAAGAUUUUAUUACGACAGAGUACGAACAGAAAUUUAUUUUAAAUCAUAAAUAAUUUUCCCACCAUGUAUUCACAAUAUUAUGAGCAAUUCAAAGAACCGGUUGUCAUGAAAGCUGAAAUUAUGUAUACUCUACAAGAAUGCAGGGACAGAUGUUUACAUUAUGGUACUAAAUUUUUAUCAGAGUUAUUGGUAACACUUAAAGAUAUACCUCCAUUUUUCGAUUAUAAAAAUGAAAAUAGUAAUUAUUUACGUUUUGAAUUAGAACCAGCAUUCUCCAAUUUAGAAGACUAUCUUGUGUAUUCCAAAGCACGUGCCUAUUUUGAUUUGGAAGAUUAUCCAGGUUGCGCACAUGUGGCAAAAUAUACAAAUAAUAGUAAAUCUAUGUUUUUACAUUACAUGGCUAGAUACUUAAGUAUGCAUAAUGAAUCUAUAUAUGAGCGUGUUAACAUAUUUGAUUCAUAUAAACCAUUGAAUAUGCGUAAAUUUAUGGAAUUGUUGGAUGAACUUCUAAUACUCAAUGUAUAUGGAACUGAAGAUGACUCUGAUGAAGAAUCUGAAGGCGAACCUCCAAUUCAAGAGAUGCUUGAAUUAGAAACUAACAAUCAAAAUAAUUAUAUACAGCUAGAGGAUGAUUCUACACCCAAAGGCAGAAGAUGUAGUAGACGACCUCGUAAUCAAAGAAUUGAAAGACCAAGUACAACUGCUGGGAAAAAAAAUGUUAAGAAUACUAAACGCAACAAUGCAACUAAAAAAGCUAAAAUUAGUUCAUCAGCUUCUCAAUCUGAACCAAAUACAUCUACUACCGAGUUUCGAAUUAAACGAGAAGAUCCAUAUUUGUUAUGGCUAACUGCAGUUAUGUUGAAAAGAAUUGAUAGAUGUGACGAAGCUGUAGAAUUACUAAUUAGAGCAAUACGUUUACAACCAUGUCACUGGGGUGCUUGGAUUGAACUUUCAACACUAAUUAAAGAUGUAAAAAUGCUUGAUGAAUUAAAUUCACGGCUCUUAGAAAACAAUGAACAUCAUUGGAUGCACUUACUUUUUAUUGCACAUGUAUUAAUUGAUUUUCAAAUAAUUGAACGAGGUGUGGAUAUAUACCAUGACAUUUUGAACAAAGGUCAUAUAGCUUUUAAAAGUUGGCCAUAUUUAUAUUCCCAAUUGGCUACUGCUCAUCACAAUAAGCGAGGUAAAAAUGAAAUUAAAAAGUCAGUAGUAUCAUUUACUAAUAUUAUCAAAUUAGAUCCAUACAGGAUAGAUAAUUUUGAUCUGCUAUCAAAUCUUAUGUAUGUUUUUGAUAAUCGUGAAGAACUCAUAGCCCUAUCUAAACAUGUUGCAUCUAUUGAUCGGUACCGUCAAGAAACAUUAUGUGUCCUUGGAAAUAUGUAUAGUUUAAAAUGUGAUCAUGCUAAAUCAGUUUUAUAUUUUAAAAAAGCUGUCAGAAUGAAUCCAUUCAAUGUGACCGCUUGGACUCUACUAGGCCAUGAAUAUAUUGAGAUGAAAAACUCUUUUGCAGCCAUUAUAUCAUAUCGACAAGCAUUAAAAAUAAACAUAAGAGAUUACAGAGCUUGGUAUGGACUAGGGCAAAUUUAUGAAUUAGUAAAGUUGCCAAAUUAUGCAUUAUUUUAUUUUACCCAUGCACGUGAAUUAAGGCCUAGAGAUUUCCGUAUGUUACUUGCAUUAGGAGAAAUGUUUGAACGUACAGAUCGUAUUUAUGAAGCAUUGACUUGUUACUAUAAGGCCUUGCAUUACGAUACUGAUGGAGGAGUAUUAUUAAAGCUUUGGAAAUAUUAUGAAAAAUAUGGCGAUAGCAGUAUUCAGACAACUCGGGAUCACUUCAAUGUAUUGAAUAAAAAAGCUUUAAAAACGGCAUUUAAAAACAAAAGUGACAUGGAGUUGAAUUUGAUAUUAAGCAAAAUUUACUUAUACUUGGGUCAUCAUUAUAUGGAUUUACAUUAUUAUGAUCGAGCCAUUAGUUUAGCAGAAAAAUGUCGUAAUUUGUGUAUUGAAAUGCAGGACUCAACUUGUCAGUGUUUAAUAGUAUUGGAGCACGUGAGUGCCCUAAUAAAUGAAGUUGAAGCCCGAGCAGGAUCUGAUGGCUGCCCAGGAUCAACACCAGGUGCAAUUAAAGCUCGUCGAUUUUUAUUUGCUCUAUAAAAUUGUAAUUUUAAGUUAACUAUCAUAUUGGUUUGUAUAUGUAUGUAUUUAAAUGUAUUUAUGAGUAAAAG